GGUGGGAUGUAUGAAAUACAUCGUAUUUUUACACAUUUAUAGAAUACAUAGAACUGUCAGGAAAACUCAUCCACAAACACCUGAGGUUUAUGUCCAAAAAGCAGACAGAGGAGUCCUUUUUGCUUUAUUCGGGUAAAGGGAGAGACCAUGGGGAGUUCCCCUGGGAUCUCUCAGAUUUUUGGAGGACUCAGCCUCCUUUUUUAUCCCAAUUUCCCUCUCUCUUUCCCCAUGGGCUGAGGUAGUUGAGAGGCACAGACUUCCCAAAUACCUGAUACCUGAGAUUCCCCUCUAAUGUAUAACCCUCCCUUUUAAUUUUUAAUUCUUAUAGAAUUCAUAGGUUUUCCCCAUUGCUUCUUUCAUCUUCCAAUAUCCAAUUUAAUUUAUCAGCAAAUCUACAGCUUGUUUGUAAAGGUAGAUAUCUUUUCCCAUUCAUCAAUCAGUGGAAUCCAUCCCAUUGUUUCUUUUAUCUCUCAGUGCUGGUUUUAUCUACCAGCAGACUCACAGCUCAUUUGUAAAGACAAAUCCAACAUUCCUCUCAGAACCAUAGAAUGCUGGAGUUGGAAGGGACCCAAGAUAACUGAAUUGAAAAUUGAUAAUUGAAAAUAAUUUUUCUCCUAACUUUGCAAAACCCUAAACCAGCAAGAACUUAUCUCAAAGCCCAGAAUGUGCCCAAAGGGGUAAGACACAUUCUCCAGAGACAAAGUUAAAGAAGUCAAGUGCGAUGAAGAGUUGGAAACCUUCGUCAGUAACCCCUGACAACCCCUAAAACAGGGAAGUGAAGGCUCAAGAGGACUUAGUUCAUUUUAAUACGAAACGAAGGUAGACAGGACCAGGCGAAGCCAGGACAUGAAUAUGUAUUCGGCGUACUGUUAAUCCUAAACUUUAAAAAAAUAAAUAAACAGCAGCCUGAAGUUUCGGAGUACAUGCUUUGGGAGAAAUUAUCCCCGUGCACCCCAGCGCUAAAUAAAUACAUAUUUACUUUAUAACUCUCAUUUCUCACGGGUUAUAAAUUUUUUUCCGCGUAUCAGCAGCGCCGGGGCACCGGGAGGGCGUGUCCGGUGGGCGUGGCCUGCCCGCCAAGCCCCGCCCCCGCGCAGUGGGCGGCGCGGCCGCUCUCGCGAUCUCUCGCGAUACCCGUUCGAACGGCCGGCGGGCGGGCUGGGCGCAGGGCCCGGCCCGGCUCCGCCAUGGCGCCGCAGCCGCGGCUGCUCCGCACCUACUCGCGGCGCGCCGGCUACCUGCGCCCGCUGCCGCCGCCCGAGCGCUGGAUCUCGCCGCCGCAGGACCGCAAGCGCCUCUUCAGCUCGACCUCCGCCGCCUCCAGCGGUCUCUCCUCUUCCAGCGCCGCUUCCGUCCACUCGGACGACCCCGACUUCUCGCCGCCCGCCAAGUGCCGCCCGCAGGCGCGGGGUGAGCGCUCCUCCUUGGCCAGGCGGCUGCGGGCCCGCGGGAGGGAGAACGGGCCGGCCGCAAAGGAGACCCGCGAACCGCAGAACCGGGAGCGGCAGACCCGGGGCCGAGGGAAGGAGAACCGAGCACCGGCGGGGAAGAAGAAGAAGAAGCAGAAGCAGCAGCGGAGCCAGGAGCAAGAGCCGCGCAGCGCGGAGCCGCCGCGCUCGCCCUCGCCCUCGCCGUGCCCGUCGCCGCGCGGCUGGCGGCCCGGCCGGCAGGGCCCGCUGAGCGCUCCGCGGCCGCCGCUGCUGUGCAGCACCCCGCAAUGGGCGCCGCCGCCGCGCCGCGGGCCGCCCGUGCGCCUCAGCCCCGCCGCCGACAGCGCCUCGGGGCCCGGCCGCAGCCCCCGGCCCCGCCAGCGCCGCCGCCGCGGGCCGCCCGUGCGCCUCAGCUCGCUGCUGCUCAGCACCACCAUCGAGGGCGGCUCGGGGCUCGGCUCGCCCGAGGGGCUGGGCGCUGCUGAGGAGGUGCCGGAGUGGUUCCGACCCAAAGGCUCGGCCGGGAGCUGGGAGCUCGGGUCCUGCCGUGUGCUGCGGUCGGCGGUGCGGGGAUCCCGGGGAGCGCCGCCGCCCGCUGGGGGUGAGCCACAGCCCCCUGCGCCCGCGUGUGAGGAGCCCUGCGAGACUCCAUCUCACCUCGGGAGAGAUUCGGCAAAAAGAAGCUCGAGCUGUCACACAGACCUGGCCAAAGAGAACAAGCUUGUGCCAGUGGUGGUUCUGGAACCUCUGGAAGUGGCAGUGAGAUUGGAGAGCAUGAACCUCAACACGCAGGCUGAUGUGCAGCCUGCCUGCCCGCAGCCAGAUGUGCAACCUCCCUGCCCGCAGCCAGGAUCUCCCGUGGGCCGCCAGGGGAUCCUGGAGAACGGGCACAAAAGGACCAAGGGUGUGCCUGGGGAGGGCAGCACCUGCAGGAAAGCUUGUAUCAGUGGUUUCAGUGCCAGCCGCUGGGGCAGGCACAUCAGGCUCCGUCCGAAAAGGCUCAAGAACAAGAGACAGCAGCAGCCCAAUAGCUCCAUUUUCAGACGCCACACGAGGCAAAAACGAACUCGGAAGGGAGCUCUGGAGAUGUCUGUAGGUGUCAGAGACAAUGACUAUUCACUCAACAGCUCUUACUCCUGGGCUAGAGUUCGGGCAUCUCUGUCCUUCCAUAAAAAGAAGAAAGUGACCACAGAUGAGAGUUUCUGCAGCAGCAUCCUCGGCACCCCUUCAGGGAAAUCCCAGAUUUCGGGGUACCAAGCCAGCCUGUCUGCUGGUAAAGCUCAGGGCUGCUCCUGGCUUGCUUCCUCCAUGGUCCUGCUGGCUCCCAGGGAUUCCUCCUCUGCCCUGGAGCUGCUCCUGACAGAUGCAGAGAAAGUGUUUGGAGAAUGCAACCAGGAAGGGCCUAUUGCUUUUGAGGAAUGCAUUCCUUUAAAUAAGAUGAAAGAUUGCAAGAAGAUUGGAGAAGGGGUGUUUGGAGAGGUGUUCCAGAUUGACAGUGAGAGAGGACCUGUGGCCUUAAAGAUAAUCCCCAUUGAGGGGACUGAAAAAAUAAAUGGUGAGGCUCAGAAGAGCUUUGGGGAGAUUCUGCCUGAGGUAAUAAUUUCAAAAGAACUCAGUCUUCUGUCUGAGGGCUCUGUGAACAGGACUGUGGGGUUCAUCAGCCUGUACUCUGUGCACUGUGUCCAAGGGGCCUAUCCCAGGUAUCUCCUCGAAGCCUGGGACAAAUUCCACGAAGAAACAGGCUCAGAAAACGACAGGCCAGACAUUUUUGGGGCCCAGCAGCUCUUCAUGGUGCUGGAGUUUGAGUUUGGAGGCAGGGACUUGGAGCACAUGAGGAGCAGCUUCUCCUCAGUGGCGUUAGCCAGGAGCAUUUUGCACCAGGUGACGGCGUCCCUGGCCGUGGCAGAGCAGGAGCUGCACUUCGAGCACAGGGACCUGCACUGGGGGAACGUGCUGGUCAAAAGGACAGAGGUGAAAGAGCUUCAGUAUGUGCUGGGUGGAGAAACACACUCCAUCCCCACAGCUGGGAUCCACGUCAACAUCAUCGACUACACGCUGUCCCGGCUGGAGAAGGACGGGCUCACCGCCUUCUGCGACCUCUCCACGGACCAGGAGCUCUUCCAGGGCUCUGGGGACUACCAGUUUGACAUCUACAGGCAGAUGAAAGAGGAGAACAGCAACAGCUGGACUGACUAUCACCCACACAGCAACGUCCUCUGGCUGCACUACCUGGCUGAUAAACUUUUGAAAGGCAUGUGCUACAAGAAGAAAGCAUCAACUCCUGCCCUGAAGAAAAUCAAGACACAGCUCAACAAGUUCCACAGGGAAGUGCUGAGCUUUGGGUCUGCCCAUGAUGUUCUGCACCACAGCAGCCUCUUCCAGUGAGCAGAGGUCCAAGGACUGAGCCCCUGCUGCUGCCUUUCUCCUCUGCUUUUUAUAUCUGUUGGCAUAAUGAAGUGUUUUGAUUCAUUCCCAAUGUGUUUAAUACAUUAUCAAACGUGUCCUGAAAAAUCCCCCUCCAAGUCUUCUGCUCUAGGAUGUUUCCACCUUCUGGUUUUGAGGAGUGUUGGAGGGGAGACAAUAGGGCUGACUUUGGAGAAAGGAGGGGAGAAGAGACUUCUUCAGGCUUAGUUAAUGCUCUGAAUUUCACAUAAAUUGCCAUUUUAGCCUUAGAAUAUUAAAAGUUCUUUUUUUUACUGUAUUGUCUUUUUUACAGAUUCUUUUUUAAAGACGAAAACUUUUCAGUUCUUCACAGUGAGGACAAUGGCUAAAUAUUGUUGGCUCACUGGAGACAAAGGGGAUAACCCAUCCUUUGAUUUAAUUUUGCAAAAUUUAUACCUGGAAUGAAGGUAUAAAAUGUAAAUAUGUGAAGUUUCUGUAAAGGGUUUUAAACCCACUAAUGUGCAGUAAUCUGUUUUUUUUUCCCCUCUUUUAAGGACCAAGGAAGAGGUACCUGAUUGUGUAGAUAAUGAAACAACAUACCUGUGUUCCUGGUUUUUGAUGGUUUUAAUACUGUGGCCUUGUAUACUGAUAGGAACUCAAAUCUGUAACCUGGUGGUAGCACUGAAGCAAUUUCUCCCUUUAUCUACAGACUGAAAUGCCCAAGGUAACAAAUGUUCUUUAGCCCUGGCUGCAAGUGGACCAAGUCUCCUAAACUGGAAACUCUUCUUACAUUAAAUCCCAGUUCCCUGUUUUCAAGAAGUCCUUUGCUAACAUUCCUGUUUAUUAAAGAAACUGGGCUAAAGAGAACAAUAAAUCAAACUCAAGUGAAAAGUGAAUUAAAUGAUGAUCCAAUGACACAGAUGCAUUAAGAAAUUAAGAGGCAGCAUCAUUAAAUUCAUUAUAACUGGAAUGCUGUCCAUGCAGUCUAAUAAAUAAAUAUAUAUGUGCAUCCCAGAGAUUCAUCUUGGACCCUCUCUGCAAGUUUCCUUUUAUAAACCCAACAAGGAGACCCUGGGAUUUAUUGUUCUUCCUUCCAGACACUGCAGAAAGUGACCUGACAAUCUGCAGUGCUUCAAAUUAUUAAGAUGGAAAUUGUGCUGGAAUGUUCCCAGGCAUCCUCUCAACCUUUUUUUCUCCACCUCUAAUUAAAUAAAGUAAUGCUCUGUAAUUGAACAGUCUUAAAACCCACUUGGUAAGGUCUGCAAUGAAUCUGACAUCAAGGAGUGUUCCUCAGUCACAAUGGUGCUAAUUUCAUUUAUGCUUUAAAAGAAAAAAAAAAAAAAAAAAGAUGAAUAAAGCCACUUUUUUUUUUUUUUUUUUUUUUUUUUUGCCUGCCUUGGUGCUUUGUUUCUGUGAUUUGAGAACUGAUUUUGGCUGUACAGGAGGGAUGGGGAAUUGGCAGGAACUAAUGCCAGGAGAGGUAACAGCCCCCAGGGGACCCUGGUGCAGCAAUGUUGGAGAUUCUGAAAGCUGAAACCUUGGAAUGUUUCCCUGCAAACCAAUUUGCUGAUUUGUGAGCAGGUAGUAAUUUUCAUUAAUCAAAAUUUAAAGCUUCUACCCCUCCCACAAAACUGGACAUUAAAUUCAUAUAGAAACCCUUGCUUUAAACUGUGCUUGCAAGGAAAUGCAGCUGCCAGAGCUGAGCCCUCAUUUCCUUUUUUAAAGAUGCUCUCUGAUUAAAAAAAAAAAAAAAAAAAACCAGAAAAAAAUAUCAUGUACUAAUCAGCCCUCAUAAAUUUUAAUGGGAGGAUGGUGACAAAAAAGGAAUUGGAAUAGUAAAUUUCCCCUAAUCAAGUUAAAUGCUCUGAACAUGUUUUCAUCUGAGUGAAAGCUUUACUUGGAACAGAGCUGGGUUCUGUAUUUUAAAGAUCUGCUCUCCCUGCUAAGGAAAGAGAAGCCAGAACCCAGUUUGCCCCUUCAGAAAACACAAAUUUUUAAAUACACACCACAUCAAAAUGAGAGCCUUAAAGGGUGCUCCAUCUUCUACUGAAAUAAGGAAGUUUGAGCAAAGCUAAAAUUAUUCUAAGGGAGGGAAAGAUUUUUCACGUGGAUCCAAAGGCUUUAGGAGAGUGAAAAGCACAAGCCUAGUUUUUGGUAAUUUUGGUAAUUCCAAGUAGGAAUUCUGGUGUUUCCAGGUCAAAGUGGAUUUUGUGGUGAAGCCAGCAACCCUCAUUGGAAUAUGCUUUUAUCCAAGUGCCAAAUCUCUGAAAAUUUUGCCUAUUUUGAUGGACAAGACAGAUAAAAUAUGGAUUACCCUGUGAAUACUCUGUAACCCACCAGGGUGCUGUUAAAACAUUUACAUUUUGCUCAUUCCCUUCUGGAAAAAUGAGACAUUAGGUGCAGGAAUAUGAAAAUUUUCUCUUGCCUUGAGAAGCUGAAUGAAAAGGAAGAGCAGCUCAGUGUAGAGAGAGAAUGAAGAGCAGCUGCUCAGAGGCAGGAAAAAAAGAGAAAACAGUAUUUUCUGCCCAAUUCUGCAGUUGCAGUUUGUGGUGCUGCUGGUUGGCCACAGUGCCCAGCAGGAGAAGCUGCCAAGGAAGGAAUUCUCCUUAGAGCUGAAUAAAAACAGACUGGGAAAUUCAACUCAGCCUGGGACUGCUCCCAUAAAACAAAUUAGGUACAAAUAGCCCAAUAAAAGCUUGGGAGUCUUGAAUCAGAUAAAUCCAGUAUUUAGGCUCUCCUAACAAGUGAAAUGCUCCUUCCCUCCCCUGGAGCUCGUGGCAGGGUUUGUUUGGGCAGUAAAUCACAGCGUGGCUGUGCUGGGUUUCCUCUCAGCAGUUUGCUAAAAGCUGUGGGGCUCUUCUACAAACUCACCUGGACUGGCAGUCUCCUAAAAUGCAGAUUUUUGGGGUAGCUCAGGAGCAGAGUCACACUGUCCAUUGUCAGGGACACUCCCACAGUCACUUCAGCCCCUCUGAUUCCUUCC